AUCUUGUUCCAGUUCUUAACUCUAAAUUCCCAUCUUUACCUGUAGUGCAAAAUUUGGUUUACAUGAACGCUUUGCUGCUUUGGCUUUUCUUCGGAACACUACGGCAAGGAGCGUACUCUCAAGAUGGCUGUCAAGGACCAUUUAAUAAAAGAAAGGCAGCGUUAGCGCGAUGUUUUUUGUCUGUCCCACUCCCGACAGGUGACCAGCUAUCCUCAGACAUACAGUACUUAAACUUGGGGGAAAAUAAUAUAACUUCACUGCCUAAAAAUCUUUUCAAGAACCUUGUCGGCCUACAUUCUUUGGUUUUGAGCGAUAAUGGUCUUACCUCAAUUUAUAAUUAUAACUUUAAAUAUCUUGGAAGCCUUAAAGAAUUAAUUAUAAACAAUAAUCAACUUGGGUUCAUAGAGGAAGGCUCGUUUGACGAUCUUAAAUCUCUGGAGCAUUUGUCCUUACAAAACAAUUACUUAACUACAGUUAGCGAUAAGCUAUUUAAAGGUUCGAGGAACAUUAUUACCUUGAAUUUAGCUUGGAAUCGAUUGACGUCACUUGAGAAAGAUACCUUCAUAAACUUAAAGGACCUUGCAUCUUUAUUGCUCAGUCAUAAUAGCAUAAAGUCGUUUAAAGCUGCUUCAAUUUCCCACUUGAGAGCAUUAACAGAAUUGUAUUUGUCUUAUAACCCGAUCACCUCAAUAGAAUACGAUGAUGUCGAAGUUUUCCUAAAUCUAAAGCAAUUUUCUUUAAGAAAUUGCUCCAUUAAAUUAAUAGCUGAUGAGGCAUUUUCGCGGUUGCCAAAGUUGAUGUAUUUGGAUCUACAUAAGAACGAACUUACAGCGAUCAACGAUGGCAUGUUUAAGGGCCUGAAUUAUUUAGAAAUCUUAUAUCUUUCGGAUAAUAAAAUUACAUUCAUUGCGCCUAAUUCCUUUGGAUCACUAACGGAACUAAGGACCUUGCAUUUAUCUAGUAAUCCUAUAACUGAGAUCGGGCCCAAAGCAUUUAGUCCUAUCUUGGAUUUUAGAAAUAUUGUUUUGAAACUCGAUAAGAAUUUUCUCUGUUGCUCGCGCGUUCUAUAUGAAAGCCUUAGUUAUAUAGAAUCCAAAUGCACCUAUCAGGGUGCUCUCGAAGAGUAUAAUAGCUUUGUUAAGGAGAAGUGUAGUUCAUCUUUCGCAGCAAACGCUCAAGGUGUCCAAAAGGAAAAGGUGGUUCAGUUGAACUUGAACUUUAAAGUGCCUGUAAACUCGUCCACUAAAAAGAACCAGAAUCCGACAAAAAGAGUCGGCAUAUAUAAAAAGAAGAUAGGAAGCAGCUUAAAAGUAAAACAACAAUGGUGGGUCGAAAACAAUAAAAAGAUAAAAAUUAAUUCUCAAUCGCUUGGCUAUGAUAGUAGUGAGAAAUUAACAGUAAAAAGACGCGAAAGAAACAAAAACACGAGAUUAACUGGACUCUCCCUAGCCCGAACCAAACAAUUUUUGAUUAGUUGCAAAAAGAAUUAUGGUAAACAAUUUCGCAUUCAGAAUCAAGUAGGAAUGAGUACAUUGAAUCCUCUUUUUAAAAGUGGGAUCAACACGGGUUAUAACUAUUCAGGGGUAUAAUAA